UUAGGAACAUAUGGCUGAGAUCGAUAGCGGCUCGGUCAGGCAAAGGGUGUUUGGAACCGCUUGAUGUCGUGCGCGGCUCGCGCUCGGCGUUCGCCCUGUAUACACGAUCAGGCUCGCCGUCUGCGGCCUCUGCACAGCCGACCUCGUCUCUCCCUCUGUCUACGACGUCGUCUGCAGCCCCCCAGCGGCAGCCAAAGGCCUGCUGACUCCCUGCCAACGUGACUUUGGCCGCGACCACUUCCCACAACCCCAUUUUGUCGCAGUCAUUCAUUGAUGUCCGAGCCCGAGCUCCUUGCCUACAUGACCGGCGGAAACGACGACUUCGAUCUUCCUCGCUGGAGCACUCAGACCCUCCACGACGGCCUUUCUUCGUCGGCACAGGCUGCACAGUCGGCUGCACAAGCCUCCUACCUUUACGCUCAAGGCCCGCCGCAGUCGGGCGCGAAUCGCCUGCCGCCUAUCCAGCAAUCACCAUCCGGCUCUUCCAGGCAGCCUCGCAUCAACCAGCUUGUGGAGGAGGAGUAUUCGAUAAGUGCUCUGCCCUACUCGAACACCACGGUGGGCCGAAGUCUGUCGCUCGGCCACAAUUCCAGCUCGUCUUCUCGAGGCCGGCGUCACCACAUGCAGGAUGAUCUGGAGGGAGCAUUCAACAUCGAUACAGAUAGCGGGGGAGGCACCGCUGGCUCCGGAGGCGCUGCUCAGUACCAGACCGCCUACUACAACAGCCCCGGGGGGCACCAGGUGAAGAGGUCGCAUACCCAGCACGACCCCAGCACCUCUUCUCGAUCGCAGCGGUCUCCAAAUCGUGGUGCGCCACCAUCGACAGCGCUGCUUGACCCGUACUCGCCUACGCAGGCACAAUAUCCAUCGAACAACACCUCUUAUCCGUACUCUCCGACUGCCGAGCAACAGAGAGCCUACAUCCCUGGUGCUUACCAGUCGCACUCACAGACACACUCUCGAUCACAGUCUCUGGUCAAGGGUGAGGCACAUACGCCGCCUAUUCCUACGCCGUACUCCCCGCGCUCCGGCGGUUCAGUGUACUCCAACUCCUACCCGAUGGAUACCACGAGUCCUGCGCCCUCUGUGUCCCAGAGUCUGGCACCGCAUCGCUCACCGCGGCCGACAUCCGUUUCUCAGCCUGCAACGCCUCUGUCGUACGGACAUCCUUCUCAAAGUCCGCAGUUUUUCGCGCAAGAGCAUCAGCCCAUGGCUCGCCGCGCAUCGGGCCUCAGACGGGUCAGGGAUCAUCGGACCUGCGGCCGCACGUCAACCAACAGCCCGGGGGACGACGGAUGGAUUCCACUGGCACGUACCUGUCGGUCAGUCCCGAUCAAGCAACUAACAAUGAACAUUGUCGAGACGUAUCGCAUUUGCAACCCUCAGUACAGAUACGAGUCUACGCACAACCCGCGUCCCGCACACAAUGACGGCUAUGACAACGAUGAUUACGAUUACAUCUUGUACGUGAAUGACUGGCUAGGGACGGAUGAUGGUCACAAGACCUUCGGGCAGGUGGUGAAAUGUCAGAACAUGAAAACGCACGAAGUCGUCGCCGUGAAGGUGGUCAAAAACAAGCCAGCAUACUUCAACCAGAGUAUGAUGGAAGUUACGAUCCUGGAGCUGUUGAACAACCAGUGUGACCCUCAAGACGAGCACCAUAUCCUGAGGCUCCGCGACUCGUUCAUCCACAAAAACCAUCUGUGCCUUGUCUUCGAGCUGCUCUCCUCCAACCUGUAUGAGCUCAUCAAGCAGAACCAAUUCCAAGGUCUGAGCACUCAGCUCGUGAAAGUCUUCACGGCACAGCUUCUGGAUGCUAUGACCAUCUUGAAGGAGGCGCGACUGAUUCAUUGCGAUUUGAAACCGGAGAACAUUCUGCUGAAAUCGCUGCAAUCACCCCAGAUCAAAGUUAUAGACUUUGGUUCGGCAUGUCACGAACGGCAGACGGUGUAUACGUACAUCCAGUCCCGCUUCUACCGUUCUCCCGAAGUCCUGCUAGGCAUUCCGUACACGGCGGCAAUCGACAUGUGGUCUUUAGGUUGCAUCGCUGUCGAGCUCUUCCUUGGUCUACCACUGUUCCCGGGAACGAGCGAAUACAACCAGAUCACCAGGAUAGUGGAAAUGCUCGGGACCCCGCCUCCAUACAUGCUGGAUAUGGGCAAGCAGACGGGCCAGUUCUUCGAUUCUUACAUCGAUUCGUUCGGCCAGAAGCAGCAAAAACUGAAGAGCAUCGAGCAGUAUUCGCGUGAACAUAACACGCAGGAACAGCCCGGCAAGCAGUACUUCAAGGCCAAUUCGCUACCGGAGAUCAUCCAGCAAGCGCCGAUGCCCUCAUUCAAAUCCGGGUCGCGUCAGGCUCACGAGGUGGAAAAGGAGAUGAACAACCGGGCUUCCUUCAUAGACUUCUGUCAAGGACUUCUGAACAUGAACCCCAUAGAACGAUGGACGCCGCAGCAGGCAAGGAUGCAUCCAUUCAUCACCGGAGAAAAGUGGACAAAGCCGUGGACGCCCGUUGGACAAUCGCCACCGCAGGUGAGCCCUCCGGCCAGCGGUGGUGCAGAUCCGAAGCGACCGUACGGGGGCCUUGUCCCCUCGCAGCCCAAGGGCACGAGGGCUUACCAGGAUGCGGCUGCGUACAACCAGCAUCUCGCGCAGCACCAGGCAUACACCGCCCAAGCACAGGCUGCGUCGCAAGCUGCGCAGAACGUGUACCGAAAUCCCUACCUCCCAGCGCGGCUUCCUACUCGAGCACGACGGAUAAUGGAACGCGAGCCCGGCGCUAAAUAUGCAUCACCGCAGUACACGCCAUCGUCGACAUCUCAAUCAGCGUCGCAUCGCGGUCUAACCCACCAGACCUCGCUUGGGCAUCUCAACGUCAACACCAACGUCUCUCAGUACGGAGGGCAUGGUUCGGGCGCUGGGUUCGCUUCUCAAUCUCAAGUCGGUCCUACUGCACCGUCAAACACUUAUUAUUCGACGACUAGGAACCGGUCCAACACGUUGAACCCUAUGAUGGACAACAUCCCUCCUGCUCUCGCCCGGUUGCAGCACAUGAACCAGGAUGUCAUUGGUGGGCGGAAGGCCUUGACACCUGUCUUGAAGAGAGACGACGCGAUGCGCGAGUGGGAGCGCCGUCAGGCGGCGGGUAAGGCAGCAGCUGCGCAGCCGUAUCCCCAGCUGGAGUUUCUGCAACAACAGGCCGAGCUUGCUGCGGCUCAAGGCCUCGGACUCACUCACUGGAAUAACUCGGGCUCAUCCAACCGCUACCAACAUCAGCCCACGUCUAACCUCGCACAUUCGUACCAUCCGUCGACCUCAAUGGUGGUCGACGAAGAUCGUCGAGACGCGAUACUCUCCAAUGUUCGCAGUGCGGCGCGAGCGGACGGGCCCAGUAACUUGUUCGGGUCGAACUCGAAUGCGUAUAACAGCAACACGACGACGACAGGCUCUACCUCGCCGUUCGAUGCGAUGGAGCGGCGAACGGACAUCGGUGCCAUGUAUGUGCCGAUGCAACCUGACCAGUACGGUCCGUACAACAAUCAAGCUUCGGGCUCUCAACAGCACGGUACCUCCACACGUCACGUCGCUCCUCCUGCGCAGGCAGUGCCACCGUCGUUCUAUGGCGCAGGGGCUAUAUCUCCGCCGAACGGCCAGCAGCGGAACCCGUUCGUACCCACGGACACCUUGCCCACUGCUCAAGGGCAGGCGAGUACGAAGGAGGCUCGUAGGAAGAGCGGUAUGGAUCUCUGGACACAGUAAAGCAGCUGAGCUCUUUGUCCACUCGUCACGCGUUCUUGUGCUUCCCCCUCGAAAAGUUCCCUUGCCGUAUCAUCUAACGUUUGCUCUCCACGGUGUCAUCAUGCGCCCAAUUGCCGACCCUCCCCACCAGAACACUCCAGAGGAGUUUGCCGACUAGGGCAUCUGUAAUCAGGAAUGACUUAUCAAUGAUCAAGGCGCAUCUGUCCAUGGACUCUACUUGCGAUGUAGUUUGCUGACAUGCACUAUGUAUAUUCACCCGGUCGCCGUGUACCUAGCAACAGACAGACAAAUUCAUUUCUCUAUAGCAGUCUUCUC